GUUUGUUUCAGCUGAUCUUUCAACAUGGACCAAGGAGCGACCGGUGUACCAGUGCAGAUAACUGUAUCACGAGGAGAAAACCUGAAAGGUAGCAAAAAGCAGGCAUUUCUCAGCUUUGUGCAUGCUGAAUUUAACAGCAUGGCAUUGGGAGACUCUCAGAAGCUGCAGGUGCCUGUGGAUGAGGCUGUGAACUACAAUUUCACCUGUGGCUUUCACUGUUCUGAAGUGACACACACCCUGGAUGAUCUGGCACACAAGCCUGUCAUAUUAACACUGAUUGAGGUUUUCCCGAAAGAACAAAAACAAAAAGAUGAGAAGACGUCUGUUUUGGGCCAGACUGUUGUGGACCUGCUCCCUCUGCUGCAUGGCCAGUGUAGCUUUUCAUCCACUGUGGUGCUUCACCCUAAUCAUGGAUCGCCAACUGAGACUGCCUCACAAAACAAAGGAAUUAAGCCAACACUGGAAGUGACAGUCAGUGUACCAGAGCCGCUGCUCUCAGACGCACAGCUCUCUGAGUCUAAUCUGAUCACAGUCACAGUGGAGACAGCCUACUCCAUCCCUGAGGUUUGGAACACUGUCCCUGGGCCUCAACAUAGUUAUGUAGCUGCUCUGCAAGUCCCCCUUACAUCACAGAAGAAGGAGCAGAUAUUGUUGUUCUCCAACGGCACAUUAAAAAUGGCAGGAGAAAAAGAAUCAGUGCCCAGAGGCAAAAAAUGGCCCUUUGGUUCAUUCCUCGCCCCGGACGCCCAGUUCAUCCCAGGUCUCUCUAUUGUCAACGAUCCUGUUAAUCUGGAGCAUGGUGACCGUAUUAGGGUAUCCAGAGCUGACGCUGAGAGUAAAAGAGUGAUCUGGGACACAGCACGCCGUUGUUUUAUGGAUGCAGGAGGAGCUUCAUGUCUGUCCCGCAGAAUUGUUGAAUGCAGGCUGUGGCCAGUGGAAAUUAUGAGAUGUACUCAGUUUGGACCUUCUAAAGCAGCAGGAGGAAAACAGCUGGAGGAUGACAUUCAGAUUUCUUUCCAUGGAGUGGCCUAUGUUGACUUGGCACGUUUGCUGUACCCUGGGGUUAGACACAUCCGUGGAGCGUACAGAAUCCACCCGUUCUCAGACUCUGAUCUCCUCUCGAAGACCAAGAGGAAUGCGAGUGUGGUGAACGAGAGCAUGAAAGCGUUGUUAGCAGAUGCUCGUCCUCGUCCAACGUCUUCUUUAUCUUCCUCCAAGGCAGCACCUAGCAAGGCUGUGGGAGGCAAAGAUAGCAAAGAAGAGAUUAAAAAGGGAAAACCAGCUCAGACAGAAAGCACGAUGGACAUUGAAGUGCAAGUGAAUACUGAAGCUCAGAUGUAUGCAGAUUCAAGAUCUUACAUUAUUAUUGAAAUUGCCUUGGAAAAACCACUUGUUCCAAAAAGACAGCCAGAGGAACUAGCCAGACGAGUGAGCGAGCUGAUUCCUCCCAGGCCUCAACGACCCAGGCAUUCAGCAGGAGCAGACAGAGCCGUGCAGGAUUACCAGACACAGAUAAUGAGCGUAGUGACACAGGUGUUGCAGCAGUAUGAGCAGAUGUUUGGAGCUGCAUUUGUUCCUGGUGCUGAGCCUCUGGAUCCUGUCACCCAAGAGCAGCGCAAAACCCAGCUAUUCGGAGAGCUGAACUGCUCUGGGAAAUACUUUGCCUUUAAAGAACAAAUGAAAUACUCUGUAGUACGGAUUGUGCGUGAGAAGAUGCUGAGGACAGAAGCUUUUACCAGCCCAGAGCAGCUGCAGGCUUUCCUGAGUCAACUCUAUAUCUUCCUGGUGGACGAGAUGCAUGUUGCACUUAAUAAGACCUUAUCAGCCAAAGAUCGAGAGUUUCAGGCUCAGCCCUUGCUAGACUGCAGUCAGCUCAGGCACUUUGCCAAAGAGGCCCAGAUGAAUGAGGAUUAUCAGCUUGCUGCCCAGUAUUACCAAGAGCUGCUGGCCCAAGAUCGAGGCAACCCAUCCCACUGGUUUGAAUAUGGCGUGCUUUAUAUGUUCAUUGCUGAGUAUUUAAAGGCUGAGGAGUGUUUCCAACUAGCCGUGUCCGUUGACCAAGAACACAUACCCAGCUUACUUAUGUGUGGGAUUGUGUCAGAAAUUAAUGGUCAUUGUGAGGAAGCAGAGACCUUUUUCGAGAGGGCCACAUCUAUCAAGUCAAGCUCUGUAAUCCCCUGGACCUUGUUUGGCUUGUUUUACUUGGCCCAGGAAAACUUCAUCAAAGCCGAAAUGGCGUUCAUGGAAGCAACUAAGCAGCUGAAAGCAAAACCUGUGUCUGACACUCACACUCAUUCAGAGGAUACUGAGGCAGUGGACAAACCAGAUGUAGUACAAACUGAGGGUAAGAUAGAAAGACAGACAAAAGCUGAAAAGAGCCAGGGGGACAAAGCAAGAGCUGAUUCUGUACAAACCUUCCUACGAGACCAUCUGUCUCCCAUUAGAGAUGGCACCACAAUUUACAUGGAGUCGGUGAAGUUUCUUCUCCAGAGUUACGCAUUACAGAUGGCUCAGAGGGCUUUGGCUCAGGAGUUGUUGUGUCCAGAUGGUGGGCCAAGCAGCUCUUACCAUAUGGCUCUGGCCCAACUACAGCUGCUGAGAGGAGAGUACAGUGCUGCUGAGGCGAGUCUGCAGCAGACCUUUAGUGAUAACUUUCAGAACCCUGAUUUGUGGGCUCUCUAUGGUCACAUCUACUACAUGAUGAAGGAUUACAAGCAAGCUCAAGAGUCUUAUGAGAGAACACUGGGCUUUGUGACAGAUGCUUCAGACACACAUACUGUUUAUCUGCGUCUGGGCUCCAUAUACUUGAAGAAAGAACAGUAUGAUGAAGCAAAAUCUACGUACAUGAAUGCCUGCAGAAGGUUUCCAUCCUGUCUCACUUGGCUUGGGCUUGGGAUUGCCUGCUACAGGAAGGGGGAGCUGACUGAGGCUGAGGAUGCUCUGACUGAAGCUAAUGCCCUCAAUAACAGGAACCCUGAAGUCUGGGGCUACCUGUCACUGAUUUGUUUACAGAUGGGACGAAAACUAGAAGCAGAGCAGUCGUACAAGUAUGCUAUAAAGUUCAACAUAUCAGAAGAAUUGAGGCAGGAGAUUACAGAUGUGCAGAUACAAGUUGGAUUUGGAAAUCCAUCCUUUUGAUAGGUCCUGUUAGAAAUGGGAAAAAAAAAAAACAUUUGUUUAUGAAUCAUGAUUCUUUUGAGUGCCGAUUCAUGUAUUGCAACAUUUACUUCAAAAUCGAUUUUUAAAUUUAUUUAUUUAGAAAUAAAUGUAUUAUUUAGAUUUAUUACAUUUCAAGUAGAGAUGCAUCAGUCGAUCAUCAAGUGUCCAGAAUUAGCUCGUUUUCAGCUUGAUAAGCAUGACUGAUCAACCUUGGACGUAAGUAAUUCUGUGCCAAAUACAAAAGCCUCUGAGUGGUGCAAGAAAAACAUUUUUAUUUUUAUGUUGUUACGUUAUCAAAAGUUGCGAACCUUAAAAGCUUCCGAUUGGCCUUUUUCUCCAAACUCUGCAUGUGAAUUCGUCUCAAAACCCACUCACUACACUUGCUUACACCAGUCUCCAAACACCAUGUGUUUGCAAUAUCAAAUCAGCACCUAGCUAUUAUGAUAAUAUCAGCUCGGGUGGUGACUGGUGAUUUCCAUCCCUAGCACCUUUACACUGUACACGUACAGUAUACACACCUUUUAAGCACAUAUGUUUUUGUAUUUUGUCUACUUGUAAAGAAGUAAUAAAAGAAUAUUCAUUUCAUA